CUCAACUUAACAUAUAUCUGGCAACCCAAAGGUCCUGUAAAUCACUAUAGAUACUCUACUAUAUUUGUCUCAGUGUUUUGGGAGUUUACAGGGUGUUGGAAGAGGAACGAGAGGCAGGAUCUGAAGGCAGAAGCAGGGAAGAACUCAGACGUAUUUCAUCAGAGGAACGUAUUUCAUCAGGAACUACAACAUUCCAGAAAGAUGACAAAUGGCAGUAAGGAAGAGGGUAAGCACCUACAGGGAGAGGGUAAGGACCUACAGAGAGAGGGUAAGGACCUACAGGGAGAGGGUAAGGACCGACAGGGAGAGGGUAAGGACCUACAGGGAGAGGGUAAGGGCCUACAGGGAGAGGGUAAGGACCUACAGGAAGAGGGUAAGGACCUACAGGGAGAGGGUAAGGACCUACAGGAAGAGGGAAAGGACAUGGACCUACAGGGAGAGGGUAAGGACCUACAGGGAGAGGGUAAUAACCUACAGGGAGAGGGUACGGACCUACAGAAGGAGGGUAAGGACCUACAGGGAGAGGGUAAGGACCUACAGGGAGAGGUUAUGGACCUACAGGGAGAGGGUAAGGACCUACAGGGAGAGGGUAAGGACCGACGGAGAGGUUAUGGACCUACAGGGAGAGGGUAAGGACCUACAGGAAGAGGGUAAGGACCUACAGGAAGAGGGUAAGGACAUGGGUCUACAUGUAGAGUUUGGAUUGCUAUUUCAGAUCAACAUUUCAUCUGUGUUCCAAAGACAUUCAGUAGGUUGUAGAAAGGUUUUUUUUGGUUGAGGACUAAUGAUUAAAGAACAGCCCAACCAACUAAUAUAGAGAAAUGUCACAACUUUUCUACAUCUAACACUGCUCAUAACUGUGGUUCAGAGUUCCAGCCUCUACCCUCUCCCCCUCGCUCCUCUCUGCCCUCUCCCCCUCGCUCCUCUCUGCACUCCGGACGCUCUCCAACCCACUCCAGAGACCGAGGCCGGGUGACCUUCGCUCAGGACUGUUCCAGUGACAACACCACCUCUGAUGUGUCAACACCUGACCCGCAGAACCUCCAGCCCAACCUCCAGCCUAACCUUCAGCUCAACCUCCAGCCUAACCUCCAGCCCAACCUCCAGCCCAACCUCCAGCCCAACCUCCAGCCUAACCUCCAACCCAAUCUCCAGCCUAACCUCCAGCCCAACCUUCAGCUCAACCUUCAGCUCAACCUCCAGCCUAACCUCCAGCCUAACCUC